UACGAACCGCACAGAUUAUAUUUGUGUUCAGAGGACAAUAUAGUCGAGGAAAUACUUAUUCUGGUGUGGAGAAACCAUGGUUUCUAUACUGGCUCAGGAACGCAUUCUGGGAGCCUCCUUGGGAGCUGGAUUUGCAGCAGCCAUGGUUCUGUAUGAACAGAAACUCAUUUACAGGUCAGCUGCUCAUUCACUUGAAUCAAUCUCUGGGCACCCAGUAGCUCCAUCUGCUCCCAAGAUUCCAGAACCAUUAUUUAGUAAGAAGAUUUGUUCAGAACUCGGACAUGCCUGGAAUAUUGCCAUUGACAAAAGCUUGGGUUCUGUGAUUGCAUAUCUUAGUUCUCGUGGAUGGUGAUGACUGAUUUUUUUUUCCAUAUGAGGAUACUUGAGAGCAUGCAUUUUCAUGGCUCUCUGAUUUUAACAUGCAAAAGAACUAACAAGAAAACUGUCAUUGAAGCAAACAUUUUUAUAUGAUUUCUUGGUCUCUUGGAUA